AUGGAGUGUUAUUUGUUGAACAACAAACUUAUUAUAAAUGGCUAUGUUAUGGUCCGAAAUAAAGUGCGUGAAAAUCGGUACAACUGGGAGUGUGAAAAAAGAAUCCAUAGGAAAACUUUAGAAACACAUGAAAAUUGUAAUGCCAGAGCUACGACUGAUUGUGUCAAUGGUUUACAUACACUUCGUGGCACGCCUACAGAUCAUAACCACGCACCCGAAGCUCACAGGGCAACAGUUAUAGAUUUUCGAUCAGAUAUAAAAAAACGAGCACAUUCUACACGUGAUAAACCAUCGCAAAUAUUGCAAGAAGUAGUUAGCAAUAUACCAUUAAGUAUUCAACCAUAUUUACCUGGUCCUGAAGCUGUACGGAAAAUUAUUAAACGUAGAAGAAGAAAAUCUUUACCUGCCGAACCAACAACUUUAGAAGAUAUUAAUAUUCCUGAAAGUCUACGAAAUACUUUUGCUGGAGAAUUAUUUCUAUUACGUGAGUCUCAAAUAGAAAACGAUAAAAUAUUGAUUUUUUCAACCAAAUUUGAAAUUGAAAAACUUGUAAGAGCUAAAUUUUGGAUUAUGGACGGGACUUUCAAGACAGUCCCAAAUAUAUUUUUACAAAUGUACACUAUUCACGCCCCAGUUGGAGGAAUAAACUCGAGAAUUCUUCCAUUAGUUUAUGUUUUAAUGUCAAGUAAAAAUCAAAAAUGUUAUGAACACUUAUUUCAAGAUCUGAUUGAGAUAGGCAAUAACUAUGGUUAUGAACUUAAUCCAACUUGUAUAAUUACUGAUUUCGAAAAAGCAGCAAUUAAUGCAAUACACAACAUAUUUCCAGAAUGUGUCCAAAAAGGGUGCUUUUUUCAUUUGGCUCAGAAUGUUUGGAGGAAAAUUCAAUCGUGUGGAUUGGCUACUGCGUAUGGUACCGAUGAACAUUUUAGUUUACAAUUACGCUAUAUUCCUGCAUUGGCAUUUUUACAACCAAAUGAAAUAAUAACAGCAUUUAAUGAAAUAAAACAGUAUAUACCAAUCGAAAUUUAUAAUUGGUUUGAUGAGACUUAUGUAAAUGGGAAAAUUCGUCGAACAUUUAGAAAUGGCACAAUAUCUCGGUCUCCACCCUUAUUUCCACCAGAAUUUUGGUCAGUAAGUCAUAACAACGAAUUAGAUAUACCUCGAACUCAAAACAAGGUAGAAUCAUGGCACAAACGUUGGAAGACUUUAAUUGGAGCAGAUCAUAUUGGGUGUUUACAUAUUGUUUCAGAAAUGAAAAAAGAACAGAUGAAUACAAUAGGUCAAAUUGAACUCAUUCUAUCUGGAGAACCAAAGCUUCGACAACAUCCAAAAUAUGCUGCUCGUAAGAAACGGUUAAAUAAUAUUAUUAAUGAUAAAGGUAAUAGGACCCUGAUAGAUUUUCUAAAAGGUAUAGCUUAUAAUAUAAAACUAUAA